AGGUUGAAAGUUCGAGCCUGGAGGACGGUUGCAGCUUGAAGCCCCGGCCAGGCCCGGCCCAUUCCGCAGCCCGGAUGAGCGAGGUAGCUCGUUGGCCCUAACUUUCCUGGUUAAUGUUUUGAGGGGCAGCGAAGCGAUGGGCAGAAUUCUCCGAUCACCAGAGCAACCGCAAUUGCCAAUCCAUUGACAAUUUGAAGCAGGAGGAGGAAGAGGAGAACACGGCCAUUAAGGGGGGGAGAGAGAGAGAGACAGAGAGAAUGGAGGAAGAGGAGACGAAGAAGAAGAGAGUGGUGGUGGAGUCGUUGGGAUGGCUAACGGAGUCGUCGAUCAUGCCGAAGAAGCACAGGGCUAUAGCCGGUGUAGGAGCCUCCUCCAUCCUCGAACUCAAGGCCGAGCUUUACAAGUCCCAGGAGGAGUCCAAGAAGUCCAAAGAUCUCAUCGGUCCUGACGUCCACUUCCACCGCGCCAAGGCCAAAAUCGCUUCCCACGAUCCCUUCUCCCUCAAGAACUCCGGCGUUGAAGCUCGCGCUCACAAGGACAAGCUUGAGCUGAAAGCUGUUAAUGAUGGAUCAGUGAGCUAUGCUGCCUUGGAGAGGAAGGCUGAGUUAUAUGAUAAGCUCACAAGGGGAGAGCUAUCUGAUGAGGAAGAUAAGGAGAAGUAUUGUGUUGAUUUUUUCCGCAAAAGCCUCGUGCCGGAUGAGUCACAGCAGUCACAGGUCAAUGAUACUCCUCCUGCUGUGCCACCAGAAACUGAUGAUGCUGAUAAUGAUGUCUCUGUUCUGUUUAACAUGAAACCUGUGGGGCCUGGACGAACCACUGGAAUGGUAGACAAUAAUGAACACAAACGUUUUGUAAGGGAAGUUCAUGAAGAAGCUAGUCAAGCAAGAGAAAGGGUUUCUGACCUCAAAUUGCGCAGGCAAGAACAGGCAACUGCUCGUCGAGAAAAACUGAAGCAGGCCUAUCUCCGAAAACAGCUAGAGAAACUUAAAGCUGCAUGUAAAACAGAUCAGACAUGAUUGAUUGAUAUUCAUUACAUACCCUUUCUUUUUUUGAGUCUGUUGUACCUGGACUUCGAUAUGUACACCUGAAAAAUGAAUUCUGGGGCAAAAUUACAGUGCUUAUGAAGUUGAAUUCAACAA